AUGAAAGAGAAAAUGCUUAAAGCAGUUGGAAAGAAGAAAGUUGGAAAUGGAGAUGAUCGGACUUCAACGAUGAGUGACUUUCUUGCCAAAGAAGAAAACCAUUCUCUUUAUGGAGAAGAGUUUUCCAUGAAAAUGGGUGAAAGCAGUCUCAAAAGGAAAGAGAAAGAAGCAGAAAGUAAUGAUAAACCAUCAAAGAGAAUAAAGACUGAAGAAGGAUGUAGCAGCAGCAGAAGCAACAAUGAUGACCUAUUCCGAUUCAGAUCAACAAAAAGGGUUAGUCAUUUUAGUCAUUUCCAACAAAGUGAUGAUAACCCACCAAAGAUAAUGAAGAAGGAGAAGGGAUGCAGUGACAAGAAAUCAAAGUUUGAGUAUUUGUUGGACGCAGUGUCCUUAUUUAGUGCAUACGAAGAGGAACAACAAAAGAAUAAGCAUGACUUGAGAAACAAUGAAAGUGUGGAGAAUGAGGAAGAAGGUCAUGAAUCUGAUGAUGCAUUGCUGCCAAGAGAAUUUCAAGAAAAGAUUGAAGAACUUAAUGGAUCUGAGGUGAAGUUUGUGAUCGAAAAGACACUUUUUAGUACAGAUGUGAACCCAAAGCAUGCUCGUUUGUCCAUUCCACCUUCGAAGAUUGCCAACAAAUUUCUUUCAGAAACUGAGGAGUCGUCAUUGAAUGAGAGUAUCAAAGAAAAUGGAAGGCUUGUUGGGUUGCCAGUGACUGUGUUGGAUCCAUCUUUGAAUGAGUACAAGAUGUGCUUGAAGAAGUGGAACAUGGAAAAAACUUGCAUCUACAACUUAACAAAAGGAUGGAACCAGAUUGUGCGUCAGAAUCAUCUUGAACUCCAUCAUACGCUGCAUCUUUGGUCUUUCAGAGUCUCUUCUCGGUUGUGUUUCGCAAUUGUUAAAAUCUGA